CUAUAGCACCCCCCUCCCUGUGUGACACAUAGACUAGACGAUGCAUUGACUUAGCAGAGGAGCUGCCUGCAGCCUGCAUGGAGGACAGCACAGCAUCGCAGAGCACACGACUGCAAAUGAGGUGAUUUUUAGGGGUGGAGGUCGGGGCGGUUUCCUCCCCUCGUGGUCCCAGUGUAGUGUGUCUGAUUUCCUGGUGUCCUAAGGCUCUCACACACCAGACUGCUGGUCAGCCAGCAGAGGCUGAGGUCCCACCAGGACACGAGGAGCACAAAGACCCAUCUGUUUGUCUGUGCUGAGGUGAUCUCCUCCACCCCAUCUCAGCUCCUAAGACUCCUCCACUUUACCUCUUCAUGCAAUGGAACCUCUUACCUCUGACCCCUGACCGUGCUGUCUGCGCUACAGCUGGAAAUGAGACUUGAUAUUCUGUACAUCAGCGAUACUUGAUGAGAUUAGUCACACCUUUGGCAAUAGUCUUCAAACCAUCGACCUGCUUUUAAACCUGCGUGGUGAGAAGCAGAGUGCCGGCCGCCAUGUCAGAGGGACUCCUCCAGGUGGAGAUCCCAGACUUUGGGAGCAGUGUGCUGGGCAGUCUGAACCAGCAGCGCCUCCUUGGACAUUACUGUGACGUCUCCAUCUUGGUGCAGGGUCAUUCCUUUAAAGCCCACCGCGCGGUGCUGGCAGCUUCCUCACUUUACUUCAGAGACCUCUUCAGCUCUGACUCCUCCUCAUUUCCUGCCUCCUCCCCCCAGGCGGUGUUUGAACUGCCUUCAUCCGUGACUCCCACCUGUUUCCAGCAGAUCCUGUCUUUCUGCUACACCGGCCGCCUAAGCAUGGCUGCUAGCGAGCAGCUAGUCCUCAUGUAUACUGCAGGCUACCUACAGAUUCAGAACAUUGUGGAGAAAGGCAUGGAACUGAUGAUGAUGAAGGCCUCCUCCUCUUCCUCCCCCCUCUGCUGUGACUCCCAGACGACAGCAGAUGACUUCAGUUGCUGCGAUGCUCCAGUGGUCCAACAACAAGCCCUGCCCCCUCUGCAGGAGACCAUCCUAGAAGACCCACCUUCCUCCCAGGACUCUUCCCAUGACUGCUCCCAGCCCUCCCUCAGUCCAGAGGAGUUACUCCUGGCUGUGAGCAGAAUCAAACAAGAGAGAGCUGACACACCUCCUCCUGAGCAGAUGGAAGGAGCAGCAGGAGGAGAAGGAGGGGAGGCCAGAGGAGACAUGUCCAGGGACCUCCAGGUCUCUAGGGGCAGUGCAUUAUGUUACCUCGGAGCUGGAGGAGGUUUAGUUCCCGGACUUCAGUCGUAUUUACUGGCCAGCGGGGAACGCUCCAGUCCAGGAGGCUCCAGUCUGCCCACUGACUCCCCCCCCUCCCACCCUGCGACAGAGGAGGAGCUGGAGGAGGAUUACUAUGGCAACAGCAUCCCCCCUGGAAUCUACGGACACAUCUACAGUCACCCCGGCAACCCCUACAUCCAAGAGAAGAUGGAUAUGCUGCCUGUCCCAUUGGCUAACGAGCGACGCCCCUGUGUGUUGAUUGGUCGAGACACCAUGGCCCUCCCUGCCAGUCUGAUCAGUCAGAUUGGAUAUCGCUGCCACCCAACACUCUACACGGAGGGAGACCCGGGGGAGAAGGUGGAGCUGGUGGCAGGCUCAGGUGUGUACAUGACACGGGGUCAGCUGAUGAACUGUCACCUGUGUGCCGGAGUGAAACACAAAGUGCUGCUCAGAAGACUGCUGGCGACCUUCUUUGAUAGAAACACUCUGGCCAAUAGCUGCGGGACAGGAAUCCGCUCCUCCACCAAUGAUCCAAGCCGCAAACCUCUGGACAACCGUGUGUUAAACACCGUCAAACUGUACUGUCAGAACUUUGCUCCUAACUUUAAGGAGAGUGAGAUGAAUGUGAUAGCAGCAGACAUGUGCACCAACGCUCGCCGUGUUCGGAAGCGCUGGCUCCCUAAGAUCCAGUCCCUGCUCCCCGACGGGCUCCCUGCCCCCGCCCCACACCCCCGCAAGGGCAAGAGAGGAGGAGGAGGAGGAGGAGGGGGUGGUGCAGCUGGGGGGGGAGGGGCUCAGGGAGGAGGAGAGCCCCAGGCCCCGCCUACCACCGCUCCUUUCGAGUGUGAUUUGCGUCAGCUGAGCGCCUCCUAUCUGAGCCUGGAGCCCCAGCUCUACGCCGAGCACCGGGAGAGAGAGCGAGAGAAAGAGAGGGAAAGAGAAAGGGAGAAAGAGAUGGCAGAGAGAGAGAGAGAAAGCUCAGCCGCCCUUCUGCCACACCUUCAGUUUGCCGGCUCGCGUGGAGGUGUGGCUUUAGGCGAAGAAGCGGGAUUAGGAGGCGAUGUGGAGGGAGGCGGAGCAGGAAGGCUACAGACUGACCAACCCACAGACCCGCCCACCUCCUCUAACCCCUCCCCCCAACCUGCAGAGCCCGCUUCUGCUCACAGGGGAUUUGUGGAAGCAGAGGAGAGGGGGGUGAGGCUUUUAGAAGACAGCCAAUAAGCUUUUAUUGCCUCUGCCUACCUGUAUGUAAAUAACACAAUAGCUACCUGUCUCUCUGUCUACCUGUCUGUCUCUUUGUCUGUCUCAGUCUGUCAAUUUUCUGUCUUCCUCUCUGUUUCCUGGUCCGUCCGUCUGUCUGUCUGUCUGUCUAUCUGUUUUUCUGUCUCUCCAUUCCGCUGCCUCCCUGUCUUUCUGUCUGUCUGUACGUCUAUAUGUCUGUCUGUCUGUCUCCCUGUCUUUCUGUCUGUCUGUAUGGCUUGGCUCUGCUGCAUGCUAAUCAGGCUCUUGCAGUCACAGGCCCAUAGAACCAAGUCUGGUUCUUCCGUGAUACUGAUACUGGUGAAAAUGAUGAUGAUGAUGACGAUGAUGAUGAUGAUGAUGAAGAAUAUGUCCACCUUGACAAUA